CCUUUGCUUUCUAUAUCUGCAAACAUAUAUAAAUAUACAGAUUCGUCCAUAAAUUUUGCUGUAAUUUUCACAUUGAUACCUUAAAACUCUCUGUAAAUUCCAAAUUGGAAGGUUUUGAAGAAAAAUGAGAGGAAACGAUCCAAAUCCGUUUGACGAAGAGGAACCUGAAGUCAAUCCAUUUUCAAAAGGUGGUUCUGCUCCUGCAUCUAAAUCACGCUUUCCUCAAAUGAUUGCUAGUACUCUUGGUUUUGGCCAAAAGGAUGAUGCAACUGUUGACAUCCCAUUGGAUUCAAUGAAUGGUGCCAAUAACAAGCAAAAAGAAUUAGCAACUUGGGAAGCAGAUCUGCAAAGGAGAGAAAGAGAUAUUAAACGAAGAGAAGAUGCUGUUGCUGGCGCUGGUGUUCCAACUGAUGAUAGGAAUUGGCCUCCCUUUUUUCCAAUUAUUCAUCAUGAUAUAGCAAAUGAAAUACCAGCUCAUUCUCAGCGGCUGCAGUAUUUGGCUUUUGCGAGUUGGUUAGGUAUCGUUCUUUGUCUGGUGUUCAAUGUUCUUGCUGUGACUAUCUGUUGGAUUAGGGGUGGUGGUGUUAAAAUCUUUUUCUUGGCUGUAAUAUAUGCUUUAACGGGAUGUCCCCUUUCGUACGUUUUGUGGUACAGGCCUCUGUAUAAUGCAAUGAGGACCGACAGUGCACUGAAGUUUGGAUGGUUUUUCUUGUCCUAUUUGUUUCACAUUGGGUUUUGCAUACUUGCUGCUAUUGCUCCUCCCAUUGUCUUUCAUGGAAAAUCCUUAACGGGUAUCCUUGCAGCAAUUGAUGUCUUCUCUGAUAGUGCGUUGGUUGGGAUCUUUUAUUUGAUUGGAUUUGGCUUCUUCUGCUUGGAAGCUUUGCUUAGCUUGUGGGUGCUGCAGAAAGUGUACAUGUACUUCCGAGGGCACAAGUGAUGCACGAGUUUGGGACUCAAGACCUCAGUGUUCUAGCAACAAUUCUUUUCUGGAGGAAGCGAAACAUAUGUCUUUAUCUCUUCAUUAUGAUAUAGUUGCUUGUUUUCUUAGGUUUUAUAGUUAUCUUUGCUUCAUUCAAGCAUUGUUAUUUCUCAUUUCUGUAUGUAAACGCAGUUUGACCUUUGAUCAUUAGAUUACCGCAUUAUUUUACCUAUAACAUACCUUCUUUGGGACCGAGUUUGAAUAAAAUCUCUAUUUUGUGCGGAUUGUA